CACGUCAUUGACCCCCUGUGUAGAGCGACGAAGUUGGCUGCCAAAACUGGAAGCAGAAGAAAAUCCAACAUGGACGCCGAUGAAGUUGACAUUGAAUUGCCCUACAUUUGCCCCAAAAUGGCGGAUGAUCCGGACAUCAUUGACACCGAAAUUGGAUUACCAGUUCAAGAGGUGGAGAUUGAGAGCAUACCAAUGGAACAUAUUGAGGGUAUAACGACAGAAAAUAUAGUUACAAUACCGGUAGAUGGAAUUGGACAAGUGGAAACCGUGGAAUGUGAAACUGUUGACGGAAUUGAAUGUCAACCCAUCUCGAUUCAUCAUGCGAUUCACCAUUUAACAGAUCGUGAAGAAAUUGUUCUUCAGACUAGAGAGGAAAUUGUAGGGGAUGUUGAUGAUUUAACAGGUUCAAGUUAUAUUAUUGAUGCAGACUCUGUCCCUGUUCCAGUACCAAAUUCAGAUUUAUCGGACGAAACAUUGGCCGGUCCCAGCAGACGGAAAAAGGGAAAGAAAAAUUCUCGAACGAGAGUCUUGGCGAGCGGGGAGUUGUCAUUUGACUCCGAAAAGAACACAAGAAAAUGGGAACACAAGCAAGUUCAAAUAAAAACUCUCGAAGGAGAGUUUUCAGUGACGAUGUGGGCUUCAGAAGAGAAGAAGCAGCUGUCAGAUGACCCUGUGACCCCACCUCAGCAGGUGAUAGCACCACCAGCAUGUCAUGACCGAUCUCUUGGCUUUGAGUGUGAGCCACCAGACUACUCAGAGUACCUCACUGGAAAGAAGUUACCACCUGGUGGCAUCCCAGGCAUCGAUCUAAGUGAUCCAAAACAGUUAGCAGAAUUUGCAAGGAUUAAACCAAAGAAGCCAAAGGAUGAUGAUGUGCCAAGAACAAUAGCCUGUCCUCACAAGGGAUGUACAAAGAUGUUCCGUGACAAUUCAGCCAUGAGGAAACAUUUACAUACCCACGGCCCACGGGUACAUGUAUGCGCAGAGUGUGGUAAAGCCUUUGUUGAGAGCUCUAAACUCAAGAGACAUCAACUGGUCCAUACUGGAGAGAAGCCUUUCCAGUGUACAUUUGAAGGCUGUGGGAAGAGAUUUUCACUGGAUUUCAACCUGCGCACCCAUGUGAGGAUACAUACAGGGGACCGUCCAUACGUCUGCCCAUUCGAUGGCUGCAACAAGAAGUUUGCCCAAUCUACCAACCUGAAAUCACACAUACUCACCCAUGCCAAGGCUAAACAACAGCAGCAGACAGUGGUAGUCACGUUGCCUUUGUGAACGUAGUCAACACAUCUUAGCUGUAGAGCUUAGAUGUGAUGUAAGUGACCCUAGCCUUAACCUGACCAAGUGAAGAGAGAGUUCCAUAGCUCCAUUGACAUCAGUCCUAGACUGUAAUUGAUCAAGUGAGCAGUGCAACAGUUUGGGUUGGAGAACUUGUAUGAACUUUAACAAAUAAAGGCAUUCUUGUCUCUCUUUAUUUCCCUCCAUGUCUUUCUUUAUCUCUCUCUUUCUCUUUCUCUUUCUCUCUCCUCUAUAUUUUGUGCAUUUAAAAUAGCUACAGAUGAUGAAAGAAGAACCGGGAUGCAUCUACCUGACUAUUUUAUCAAAGGUUCAAUAUUAAUGUUCCUAAAUUGAUCUUGUUGUCAGUAGAUGCUGAUUGUUUAAAUGUUCCCAUCCGUCAUUUGUCUACUGUCACAUUCAUGUUUCUAACAUGUACAUCUUUCUGUCUUAUGCACACCACUCACUCUUGGCUGGCAAUGUAAAUAUCUAUACAUACAUUUAGUGUGACCUAUGAGUUUGUAAUUCGAUUGAAACCUUUGCACCACUCUGUCAAAUGGACUUAAUUGUAAAUAAACAAUUUUAAAUUCAGUCAUGAGUCAUGACAAGUGAAGAGCAUCUAUGCCACCAAAUACAUUAUCAGUAUAUUUUUUUCAUAUGAUAAUGUUAAGGAAUAUAUUAUGUCUCAGUAACUUUCUGAGGUUAUGAUGAAAUAGACUUUUUAAAGAAUGCCUUUGUUAUUGUUCUUUUCAGCAGUCUUUACAAUAUAUAUUAGUGCUGUAGUCAAACGUUUAACCGUCCGGUAUCCGACCGCCCAUGGCGGAUUUCGAUUUAUGCCCCUCCACCUGGCACUAUGCCUGGCAAUGUCUC